AUGUCACCAUCUAUCAACGACCUCGUCGACAACCUCGACAUCUCCUCCUCCCCCUCCUCCCCCUCUCGCCCAUCGAGUCAAAACAGGAAGCAAGUCCCACUUCUAUCGAGCGACAAAUACGCCAUCUCCCACGAAGCCUCGGUCGCCAAUGUCUAUCUCGAUACCGACGCCUACUGCAAGGACGCUGAUCUCGUCAGACUCGGUGACCACUUUGGCGAGGUGCUCUCUGUCAAGGUCAUCCUCGAUGCCAAUGGCAUGUCAAAGGGCUUUGGCUUUAUCCUCAUGGCUACGAGUGAGGCAGCUACGGCACUCAUCAAGCAUUUACGCUCGCAAGGUGUCGCCUCUCACUUUGCCAAGGAGAUGUACAAGGCAGGUAGCAAGCGCCAGGGCAAGCAUCACAAGACCGGCACAGACAAGACGAACCUCUACUUGAGCAAUUUGCCCAAAUCGUGGCAAGAAGAAGAUCUCCGCAAUCUCUUCCUCCACACUUUCGCCGCCCAAAAGCAUCACGUCUCUGUCCUAUCUGUCCGUCUGCUUCGUUCAGACUUUCACGCCAAGAAGCGAGGCUAUCCCACCUCGUCGCCGUCUGCGAACGAGUCAAAGGGCAUCGGCUUUGCCCGACUAGGCACGAACCAACAAUGCCUUCAGGCCAUACAGUGGCUCUCGGGUCGCGUGCUCAAGAGUGCCAUCUUGCCCUUGCAGAUCAGAUUCGCAGACUCGAUCGGUGGCAAGACCAACGCGAUCGCGCCCACGCAAGUCGAGCAGGCUCAGCCUCAGCCGGUCAUCGUCAUUACUUCAGCCGAUGCUGCCACUUCCACCGAGUUUCUCGACGACGAACUGGAAGUCGUCUCGGUACCUGUCGAGACACAGUCAGACAAGAGCAGCCCGAGCUGCUACUCACCUCAUGCUACACCUCCUUCGAUCUCUUGGCAGCCUCAUCUCCAUCAUCAUCCCGCCUCGGGUGCACCCGUCCUCGCCUCACCCAGUGCCACCUCACCAGCCUCGAGCUUUGCAUCUCCUAUGCCAACGCCCCCCUGGCACUAUGCCGGUCCGAAUUACACGACGUAUGACUACACUGCUGGCCCUUUCGAGCAUCCUGCCUAUCAUUGCUCACAGCCGCCGUAUUCGAUCCACUAUGGCAACAAUACCACGACCGCCGCACCUAACACAAAUCUCUCGCCAUUAAUGGCCUAUGCUCAGCCUCACCCGAUCUAUCCGUACCCUUACUGCUAUCAGCCUUACGGUGCAGGCUCGAUGUAUUGA